AUGUUCAAGUCGUUUGUGGUCUUAUCAGUCCUAGCAGCUCCUGCUCUCUGCCAAACGGCAGUAUCCCUUCUGGUCGACUUCGAUGGAUACCAGAAAUCGGGCACACUCAACUUGCGCUCCACCCUCCAGAGUGUUUCUACCCGCAAGGGUCAACCCUUCAUGUUUGGAUCCACGUACGACACCUACGAAUCCAAUCAAAGCUUCAGCUCGAGCGUCUUCAGCACAUUCUUCAACCACGUCGUUGCAGAGAACGGCUGCAAAUGGGAUGCAACUGAGCCAAGCCGUGGUACCCCUGACUUAGGAGAAUGUCAGGCAGUUCAGUCUUUUGCCUCCAAGAAUGGCGCAAGCUUCCGUGGCCACAACACUUUCUGGCACUCCCAGACUCCUUCCUGGCUCCCGGGAGGCAUUUCUGCUUCUGACCUCGUCAACAAUGUCAUUCCCCAACACGUCCAACAGACUAUUCAAGGAAUGGGUUCAUCCGUUACCUCUUGGGAUGUAGUCAACGAGAUUGUAGGAGACGGUGUUUCCAACGGAAUGAGCGCACUUCAAUGUGUGCAGAACAAGAAGGUUUGGCCGACCCAGACCUCCGAUGGUUCUAGCACCACCCUUGUGACCGACCUGUCCUUCGUCCAUGCUGCAUUCACCACUGCACUUAAGUACGCCGGCUCCAACACUCGCCUCGCCAUUAACGACUACAACACUGGCGGAAACGAUGCUAAGACCGCCUGUGUUCUUGCUGUCCUUGCAGACAUCAACGCCAAUGCUGGCAUUCCAUACAACCGCCUCGCAGUUGGAUUCCAAUCCCACAUCUCUGCAACCGGAUUCACCUCCAAGUCUGCUCUCUCUGCCACUUUUGCUAAGCUCGCUCAGCUCGGUGCCACUGCUAUGAUCACUGAGCUCGAUAUUUCUCUUCCAUCUGCAAGCAGUGGCUACGAGCGUCUGCAGGCUGCUAUCUGGGGUGACUACCUCGAUGCUUGCCUCUACGCCUCCAACUGUAACGAGUUCAUCAACUGGGACCCGCGUGACGACAUGUCCUGGCUCGGAACCUCGGCCGCCGGAACCCUCUUCGACUCCAGCGGAAACCCCAAGAUCGCAGCUUACGAAGUCCAGGCUCGUCUCCAACGUUUCGCCGCCGGAGAACCUAUGCUCUGCGCUACCGCUCAAGGCACUGGUUCUUGCAUGGCCUCUGGACCAAGCGGCUCGACUAGCUCCAGCCCAACUUCCACCACCACCAAGCCCUCUUCUACUAGCGCUCCACCCACCAGCUCUUCCCCAGCUAGCGGUGCGACUCAAGCUCACUACGGCCAGUGCGGUGGAAUUGGCUGGACUGGACCUACAGUCUGCGCUUCCCCAUACACAUGCCAGGUCUCGAACCCAUACUACAGCCAAUGCUUGUAA